CUUGGAAACCAACGAUCAAAUCGGCAUCGUAUCAGGAUGAUCAAGAUCGUUAUUAUGCUCGCCAUCGUAGCUGCUGCUGCUCCAAAUCCUCUGAACCCCACGAGUCGCAUCGUUGGUGGCAUGGAUGCAGUGAUGGCUGAGGCACCUUACCAGGUAUCCCUGAAUCUCCUAGGGUCCCACACUUGCGGUGGCAGCAUAAUCUCCGAAAACUGGGUCCUGACCGCGGCUCACUGCAUGGUCUACCCCAGAAGCUGGUACCUUGUCCGGGCUGGAUCCAUCACUUCGACUAACGGUGGCAGCCUGAACUCGCUGCUCCUAGUCGUCAACCACCCGAACUAUGGUUCAAACAACUGGGGUCUCCACGUCAACGACAUUUCCCUUCUGCGGCUGGGCUCACCGCUUAUCCUGGACGCGACGCGCCAGCCGGUUUCUAUGUACUCUGAAAACGAAGAGGUUAUGGCCGGUGAUCGUGCCGUUAUCACUGGGUGGGGUGCGCUCAUCGAGGGUGGCAGCAUCUCCACAAACCUCCAGAUCAUCAACAUCCCCAUCGUCUCCAAGGCCGAGUGUAGCAGCGCUUACAGCUUCUGGGGAGGACUUCCUGCUGGUCAGAUAUGCGCUGGUUUCCUCGAAGGCGGUCGGGGCACUUGCCAUGGAGACCAGGGCGGUCCUCUCUUCGUUCAGCGACGGCUUGCUGGAGUCAUGUCGUGGAGCUACGGAUGCUCCCAGCCUGGACUUCCCAGUGUGUAUACUGAAAUCGCGGCUCAUCGCAGCUGGAUAUCUGGGAUUUCAGGAGUGUAAGGAGCCGGGCCCUGACUCUUUACUAUCGUCACAGUCUUGGGUCUUUCUU